CAACCGCCAGUUUGUGAUCAAUGUGUACGUAUACAAGCAGUCUUCAGUCGGUAUAGUGAUUGCCGUCCGAAACUAAUUCGUCCUAGAAAUUGUGUGAAGUACUUUACUACAUUAUUCCGUCAUUUUUUAUAAAAAAAAAGCAAUGGUAGAAACGAACAUUUUUAUAUCCGUUAAAUUAAUAUACAGGCUGCCAACAACACCUCGUAAACAUGGAGGAGUUGAUAGUGUUUAAUAGGCUAUGACACGGGACGGCGACAUCCCAACUAUCUUCAAUCCUAGAAGAAACCGUACCCCAAGUGUCCUCGUUACAGAUGAAGGUGUCGCUAAUGGAUUAUUUACACAUACAGACUCCGUUAGUAGCCAGCAAGAAGCCGUUGCGACUGCCACCGAGCAAAAUCCGACAACAUCGCAACCUGGUGGAAUUCGAAGUCAACUCAAAUCUUGUUCCAGCUCAUUGUGCUCUAAAAACGCUAGAAAGAUAUAUUUUGGAAUUUGGGUAACAGUCUGCGUAACUGGUUCCUGGGUUGGUGCUACACAUUGUGUUAAGUACCUCUUCCUGAGUAGGCAAGUGGAUAGUGAUGAUGCCGUAUUUAUACCUCAUGAUGUAGGAUUAAACAUGACUGCAUUUUCUAGACGAUAUUCAUCUUCCUUUAACGCGCCAUUUUUUACCACUUGGUUUGUUACAAAUUGGACUAUGUUAUUUUUUCCGUUAUAUUUUUUAUGCCGCUUGACAUCGCAACGCUGUAAGUCGGCGUCAGAUAUUUUUUCAGAAAGUGUACGAGACUUUCGGGAUAAAGGUUUUACAGCUGCUCGUUUUUUGACACGAUGUAGCUUAUUUUGUUUACUGUGGGUGAUAACGAAUUAUAUGUAUAUAAGAGCUUUAUGCAUUUUGUUGUCGACCGACGUGAUGGCAUUAUUUGCAACGAACGUCUCUUCCGUUUAUUUGCUUUCAUGGGUAAUUCUUCAUGAGCAAUUCGUUGGAAUUCGGAUAAUGGCUGUGAUUUUAUGCGAUACAGGAAUUGCUUUACUUGCGUAUAUGGAUGGCAUUACUGGUAGUCCAACGCUGGGAGGAGUGGUUCUGGCGGCUUCGGCGGCAGCAAGCUCCGCAGUGUACAAAGUUUUAUUUAAGAAAGUUAUCGGGGAUGCUACUUACGGACAAGUCGCCCUAUUCUUUUCUUUAAUUGGAAUGUUAAACGCUGCGUUAUUAUGGCCGUUUAGUUUAGGAUUAUUUUUAACUGGAGUAGAAUCGUUACAUUGGGAUCGUCUACCGUGGCCGGCGUUACUUGCGUCAAGUAUUUUGUCUUUAAUUGCCAACUUAUUAGGAAAUUUUAGUGUGGCGUUGACAUACGAUCUGUUCAUAACGCUGGGUCUUAUUACAUCAGUGCCCGUUUCUGCAGCCUUGGAUGUCGUGCUUUAUGGAGCUCACUUUGAAGGAAUGAAGUUAGCCGGCAUGAUUCUAAUUGCCGUUGGAUUUUUCCUGGUGAUGUUUCCAGAUAAUUGGCCCGAUUAUAUUACAAGACUUCUCAGAAAAACAAGUCGUGUCUUCAGAGGGAAGAAAUAUCAUCAUGUUGAGUCACAGUGCGAGUUGUCUCUUCCCUCUACCGGUGCGAGGCAUAAGUACCUAUCCUUUCACUUCUUCUCCUUCGGGAAUCGAACUCGGGCCGCCCGCGUGACAGCUACAGAAAUUAGACGAACGACGACCACGACGGCUAGCAUCUUAAUAUGGAUUUUGUUAGUAAGUUUUUACUAUAAGGGGGUUGGAAAAUGAAUUCUAAAAGAUGAGUAUCUAUUUUAAAAUCAAGAACCAAGUUGAUCUAAUGAGUCUAAACUACCAUACUUAAAAGCGGUUUCCAUGCAUCAAGUGCAGUAUUAAUGUGCAUACCACGGACCCUAGCAAGACCUAAUGGUUCUAAAUUUAUUCGGGGUAAAUGAUGGGAUUUUUUUUUAUUUGCUAACGUGUUAAGAUAAGACGCUAUAGGUACAAAUAUACACCUUUUGUAAGCUUAUUUGUUUGUAAAAGAGCCGUAUUUGUUAUCUGUAAACUAUUUCUGUGUUUAAAAAAACCACAUACAAACAAGCUUUGAACACCAUCCUUGUGUCACAUAUUUUUAUCUAUACCUACUGCGUACCUCGAUGUUUGUAAACAAAGGCGCUUACCAUUUUUUAUGGCGUCGUAUUCCUGAAGCCAACUACAAUUUUAAAAAAUGGCCAACUGAACACGGCACGAAGCGGAGUACCUAUCCUCAAUGUUUCAACUGAUACAUGGUAUAGUUUUAUUGUAUUCUAGUCCUACGCGAUAUAUUCUUGUUAAACCACUGAUGUUAGUAAUUUCAGAGUUGAAAAUAUGCCUUGUGUAUUAUUUUUUGGUUUAUGGCUAUGUUCCGUCAUUUGGUCUAGUUUAAAAUUUACUCAACCCUAAAGUCUCUGGAUAAGAAUGUCCAGUACGCCUAUAAAUUAUGCAAAGUGCCUUUUUAAGGAAAUUGUGUCUCUGAUUAACCGCAUGCUUUCCUUGUUAUUAACUGUUAUGUUAUUAUCAGAUGGAGUAGGAGGACUAAACAUCGAACGACGAGCCAGCACCGUAGGGACAUAAUUGACUACCGUACUGGAUACAUCCGUUCACAUUUACGAUCACCAUCGGGAAGAGUUAGGUGAUUAACUUUCUAAAUCUACAAUGUUCGAAGUGUAUGGACAAAUAUUUCGAAGACUUGUAGUACGUUCUCGUUCUCAUUGCAAAACUCUGUUCGUAUACAUAAUUAUAGGUACUAUAGUUGUGCAUUUUGAAAGAACAAGGUAGGUGCCAGAAUUAGAAGUUUGAGAUAAGCAACUGAACAAGUGUUUAAAUCAGGCAAACUUUGAUUUUGAUAUUUUUCACUCCAAAAAUUCAUUACAUAGAUCAGUUAUGCAUUCUAACUACUCACAAAAUAUGAAUUUGUGAUGUCAUAUUUCGUAGUUUUUUUUAAAUUUUUUUAACACAUCCAUUUAUGUGUGUUUAUUAUAAAAAUAAUAAACUGCACAUGGUGACGAUAUAAAAAAUUAACCAAAUCGAAAAUUGUAAAUAGGUAGGUACGCACAUUACUCUAAUUAGUAAAUAAACAAAUAAUAACUUGUAAUAUUCUACCACAGGAUUUAAAAAUGGGAUUGUGGCUGCAAAACACUGGUGAAAGUCAGUGGACAGAGAUUAAUAUCGUUGGCGUUGUCGAAAAGUAGGUACGGGAAACCAAACCAAUAUCAUAUUAAUGCCAAAAAGUUCCACAUAGUAGACUGCCGCCAAAAUGCCUCACAUAAAAACAUUUCUAUUACAUUUGUUAUACCGAGCUGCCUAGUAUCCUAGGCACCUAAAGUUGGAUAGGUGAACUUUUGUGUCGAAAAGGUAAGUACCUACGGCGUAUGGACUGUGUGAAAUGGUUUUGUUAAUUUGGUAACGAGGUAGUGGUAUGCAGAUCGCCAAACUCGAAAAGUUGGAACCGACGUAUAAGCACAGGUAUCCUCGUACAUACAACAAUUCAUUGUUUAAUAGGUAUAGUACGUCGACUGGUUUUACAAACAUACUAAAUAUAUUAUAUUAUAGUUCUCGUGCAUCUAAUUCUAAGGCGCAUGUUGUAAUUUUGAAUGUUUACUUAAACACCAAUUAUUAGAAAAAAUUCUGUAAAUUGAGUAGCCAUCAUAGACACAUAAGUAUAAUAUUUAGCAAAGGCUAAAUUUUUGUACAUACUUUGUAUAUUUAUGUUAUAUUUACAUAUCUGAUUGUAACUAACGCAUAUGUACGAAUAUCUA